AUGGAGCGCCCUGCUCGGGUGGUGAGGCAAUUGGCCUCUGGAAUCCACGCGAGGUCCUACGCUACUACCGGUCUCAAGAUUCCGGCCAAGAAGCAGAAAUAUGUACCUUCGUCAGGGACCUAUCCUGUCGGCUUCCAGGCCGCAGGAGUCAUCGUGGGCGUGAAGCCAAACAACACAACCAAGCCUGACCUAGCCCUAUUAACCUCGGACCGUCCAUGCGCCGCCGCUGCCGUCUUCACCAAGAACAAGUUCCAGGCUGCCCCCGUGACUUUCAGCAGGGACCUGAUCAGGAAGACAAAUGGGAACAUCCAGAGCGUCAUUGUCAACUCUGGAUGUGCGAAUGCCGUCACUGGCAAAGGGGGCUUGGAGGAUGCCGCCAAGAUGUCCCAGGAGACGGACAAGGCAACAGGCGCGACGGAUUCGACCAUUGUCAUGAGCACUGGAGUGAUAGGUCAAAGAUUGCCACUCCAGAAGAUUCUCAACGGUGUCCCUCAAGCCCAUACCGCUCUGGGUUCAUCUCAUGACCACUGGCUCACCGCCGCCACAGCCAUCUGCACGACAGACACAUUCCCAAAACUCAUCUCCCGGACCUUCACCCUGCCCUCCUCGCCCGGCAUCACCUACCACCUUGCAGGCAUGACCAAGGGCGCCGGCAUGAUCCACCCCAACAUGGCCACUCUCCUAGGCAUCAUCACCACCGACGCCCCUGUUUCCCCUUCGGUUAUCUCAACCCUGCUCAAGAACGCCGUCGACCGCUCCUUCAACUCUAUCACCAUCGACGGCGACACCUCCACCAAUGACACCGUCGCCCUGCUCGCCAACGGCGCCGCCGGUGGUAACGAGAUCGCCUCCGAGGGCUCUGAGGACUACGCUGCCUUCAGCUCUGUGCUGUCCGCCUUCGCCGUCGACCUCGCCCAGCUCAUCGUCCGCGACGGCGAGGGCGCCACCAAGUUCGUGACGAUCCGCGUCGCCGAGGCGGCCUCCGAGGUCGGCGCGAGAAAAGUCGCCAGCACCAUUGCCCGCUCCCCGCUGGUCAAGACCGCCCUGUACGGGAAGGACGCCAACUGGGGCCGCAUCCUCUGCGCCACUGGCUACUCGCUUCUGUCGGAGCCCGGCGAGCCGGUGAACCAGGUCGCCGACAUUGUCCCUGAGAAGACCAACGUGUCGUUCGUUCCCGUCGACGGGUCGGCAGAACUCAAGCUGCUGGUUGAUGGCGAGCCCGAGGCCGUGGACGAAGCUCGGGCUUCCGAGAUCCUGCAGGCCGAGGACCUGGAUAUCCUUGUGAGGCUGGGUACCGGUAAGGAGGAGGCCACGUACUGGACUUGUGACUACAGCCACGAGUACAUUACAAUCAACGGUGAUUAUCGUACCUGA